UCUGAGGUGCUAACUUUGGGAUCUGGAAUGAGAAGUCGGUCUGUCAGGUUUCAGUUGUUUGAAGAGAGUGUAUCUGUCUGCUGCAGCUGUGAUUCCAGAGAGGGCGAAAACAUUGAGACUGAUGAAGCUGUGUUGAUGCGAAGACAAAAACAAAUCGGCUACGGCAAGAACACACUGGCCUACGACCGAUACAUCAAGGAAGUGCCAAAGCACAUGCGUCAGCCGGGUGUUCACCCAAAGACUCCCAAUAAGUUUAGGAAGUACAGUCGGCGCUCCUGGGAUCAGCAGAUCAAACUGUGGAGGGUCAAACUGCACGCCUGGGACCCCCCAGCAGAGGGCAGCCAAGAAAACACCCUCAGUGAUAACAUGUCUGAAGUCCUAGGGAGUCGGGCAAAGCAUUCCCGGUGAUCACUAUGCAUUCCACUGCGUGGCAGUAAAGCUCCAGUAGGCGGAGUAUACAACCGGAAAGGGCCCUUAACGCCCCGAAGAAGA